GCCUGUGUCCGGCGAAAGGACCGCCCUCCUCCUCCGUCUCCUCCUCCUCCUCUUUCUCUUUCUGGGCAGGAGAAAGGGCCUCCGCGGCCUUCCCCGUCCUCCUCCGUCUUCUUCUCCAGCCCCAAAGAGGUCGGGCGUCUGGAGGAGGAGCUGCUUUCGGUUUAUAUUCACCAGCAGCGCUGCUUUGAUCCCGGUGCGGGGCUCAGCACAGGAAGCCAUGCAGGCAGGCUCCAAGCAGGCGGUGCUGGCAGCGGCGCAGGAGCUGCUGAAGUUUGUGAACCGGAGUCCCUCCCCUUACCAUGUGGUUGCUGAGUGUCGGAGCCGCCUGCUUCAAGCUGGUUUUCAGGAGCUUAAGGAAACUGAACACUGGGAUAUCCAGCCAAACCGAAAGUAUUUUGUGACCAGAAACUUCUCAACACUGAUUGCCUUUGCUGUGGGAGGCCAGUUCCAACCUGGCAAUGGAUUCACCUUGAUUGGAGCCCACACGGAUAGUCCUUGCCUGCGGGUGAAACGCUCCUCGAAACGUAACCAGGAAGGCACCGUCCAGGUGGCAGUGGAGACCUAUGGGGGUGGCAUCUGGAACACCUGGUUUGACCGUGACCUCUCUGUUGCUGGAAGAGUCAUUGUCAAGGACCUGUCCUCAGGGCGUCUGGAGCAGAAAUUGGUGUGGGUGGAGCGUCCCAUUCUCCGCAUCCCCCAUCUGGCCAUCCACCUCCAGCGCAAUGUGAAUGAGAGCUUUGGACCAAACACUGAGCACCAUCUGGUCCCAAUUUUGGCCACAGAAGUCCAGGAUGCUCUGGAGAAGGAAGAGUCCCUGUCUGGGAAGAUUUCCACCUCACCCUUCCUGCAGCAUCGUCACUGUCCGGCUCUCCUGUCCCUCAUCUGCUCCCAGCUGGAGGUGAAACCUGAGCAAGUGGUAGAGAUGGAGUUGUGCCUCGUGGAUACACAGCCUCCAACUUUAGGUGGUGUCUACAAUGAGUUCAUAUUUUCCCCUCGUCUGGACAACCUCCAUAGUUGCUACUGUGCACUACAGGCCCUGAUUGAAUCUAGCGAAGCUCCUGGAGCCCUUGAUAAAGAACGAAAUGUGCGCCUGGUUGCCCUUUAUGACAACGAAGAGGUUGGCUCUGAUAGCGCCCAAGGGGCUAAGUCACUCCUCACUGAACUAGUCCUUCGACGUAUCUCAGUUUCACCCCAGAACCUGACAGCGUUUGAGGAAGCUGUGCCAAAGUCCUUCAUGAUCAGUGCAGAUAUGGCCCAUGCAGUGCACCCCAACUAUGCAGACAAGCAUGAUAGGAACCACCGUCCAGAGUUCCACAAGGGGCCUACAAUCAAAGUGAAUAACAAUCAACGCUAUGCAUCAACUGCUGUCACUGAGGCUUUACUUCGUGAGAUUGCCAGCCAAGUGAAGGUCCCCUUGCAAGAAUUCAUGGUCCGUAAUGACUCUCCCUGUGGUUCCACUAUUGGACCCCUCCUGUCCUCCCGCCUGGGCUUGCGUGUCCUGGAUAUUGGCUGCCCGCAACUAGCCAUGCACUCCAUUCGCGAAAUGUGUUGCACCUCAGGGGUCCUUCAGUCGAUCACUCUUUUUAAGGGCUUUUUUGAGCGGUUUCCUGAGCUGAAUCAGGAUCUGCUGAGCAACUGACAGAGGUCUCGAUGCUAAAGAGAAGCUUGCCUUCCUGUUUUCACCAAAAUGGCUAAAUAAUAAUAAUAAAAACCUCAUUCAAUCCAA